AUGUAUGCUUUUAUUAGAUUCUUUGAAGACGAUAUGUGCUACGCGUUACCCGUUUCAAAUGUGGAAGAUUUCAGACCUCUGCACAAAACAGAUUUUGAUAAUCAGAAGGUGUAUCUGGUUCACAGAACUGAAGAGAAUGGCAGCGCAGGCCAGCCGUGCGAAGCACAGAUCCUUGCCCUUGCAGAUACAGUAGAAGAAUUUGAAGAUAGUAUAACACAAAAGAAGAUGAAAAUUCCCAAGAUGUCCACGAAGAAUUCAGGAAACUCCAUCGAGAACAAUUUUGGAGAGGAAAGAAUGCCACUCAGGCAUAAAAAGGCCCUGUCACAGGACCAUGGACGCCCCCUUUCUAACUCAUCCAAAAGCCUAGCGGCAGUAGUGGCUCGCCUAGAGAGAAAUGCAGCCAGCUCCUGUAUGGAGGGCGAGGAGGACCUGGAUGAGGACCGGCUGGCUGAGGUGGGAGAGGAUGCAGAUGACGAAGAUGAUGAUAUGGAGACAGAGCAUCAGCGACAUCAUCACCAGCAGCAACAGCAGCAUUUGGCGGUGGACACGGAUUGUGUGCCUGAGGUGGCUGCCGCUGUUGUUCCCAGAGUUCUGUACGAGGAGCUGGUUCACAGCUACAGGCAGCAGGAGGAGGAGAUGAGGAGGCUGCAGCAGGAGUUGGAGAGAACCCGCAGACAGUUGGUGCAGCAAGCCAAGAAGCUCAAGGAAUAUGGCAGCUUGCUGACAGAAGUUAAAGAACUGAGGGACUUCAACAGGAGACUGCAAGACGUACUUCUCAUGAGACUGGGCAGCGAGCCUAUGCAUGACAAUGGCACCCAGACAAUCAAGGCUGAAGUGGUUGAACCUAUUGUUGAGGCCCAGGAGACAUGCAGAGAAGAAGCCAACACCAGUUCCAGCUACUCACCCUCACCUCGAACAGUAUACACCUGCAAUGACGGCAAGGUACACCUUGGUGGUGGGAUCUGGGUGGAAGAAGAGAAAUGGCACCAGCUGCAGCGGACCCAGGGAGAUUCUAAGUUCACAAAGAACCUGGCUGUAAUGAUCUGGGGCACAGAAACCCUCAAAAACCGCAGCGUCACUGGAGUGGCCACUAAAAAGAAAAAAGAUGCCUUGCCUAAACCUCCACUGUCACCCAGCAAGCUGAAGAUUGUCAGAGAGUGUCUCUACGACAGAGUGUCUCAAGAGACAGCCGACAGUGCAGAGAUAACGCAGAGAUUGUCCAAAGUGAACAAAUACAUUUGUGAAAAGAUAAUGGACAUCAACAAGUCCAUCAAGAAUGAGGAGCGGCGGGAGUCCAAGCUGCUCAUCAGACAGACAGUCAAGAUGGAGAACUUCACCUACGAUGGCAUAUAGUGAUCAACUGUCACGCCAGCGCCUUCUGCCCCGCGUGGUCUGCAGGAUAUUGAGGGGACUUGAUAUGGGUGGUCGGGGGAUGCUGUAACCAUUUCAGGAGCGGUCGUAUUACUUUGGCACAUCGGAUUGGUUGUUAUUUGAAAUGUUAAAACAAAGAGGCCCCUUCGCCCGCCCCCUCCGUAAAGAACCAUCAUCACAUUUCUGCGAGCCCGCUUUUCUAAUUGGCCAACAGACAGCUUUACCCAGUGGUUAGAAACUGAACAUGUGAGCUAGCUCGAUAUAGGCUGGUGUGAGUGUUUUUAUAAGCUUUACAGUGGCAUUGGUACAGAGAUGCAGAUUCUUGAGGUUUGUGCACGUGUGUCAAAAGAGAAAUUAGGUGUGAUUAUUACUUUAUCGUUCUGUGUCAGAACAUAAUUGUUGAGUCCUUGAACUUUUAAAAAGUAAGAGAUUAUUUCCCUGGGCGAACGAUUGAUGCUAGUUUGCAUUAGCGCUUAGAUGCGUGAGAGGUUGACUGUUAUGGUGACUACUCAAUAACUGCUGGGAGUUGGUGCGGUUGGUACUUACUGCAUAGAAUGGGACAUCAGGGUCUCAAAUGCACAAGUCUUAAUUAGUAACAGCCAUAUUUCAUUUUGCAGCAGAGAUUCUGUUGCUCCUAAAGAGAUUAAUUAUGGGCGGGUGCUCCCACUUAACCGUAUAACUUUAUUAUAAAGACAGCUUACUGAGAUUUAAUGAGACUCUGUCGAGUCUCUAGAAUGCUGUAUUUGUUUUUUAUGUUUUUUUUAAUGUUAAUCUUUAUGAAUAUUUGCCAUCCACGAGGGAGCACAGGAGACGUUUUGAUCGGAUAUUUUUUGUGUUACUUUAAGGAAACUUGACUGUUGAGUUGCAGUGGUACAGGCAUGUUGAGACCUAGAAAGGCCUUAAAUGGAUCUGGCAAUCACCAGGCACUGAUAAGCUCCUGGGUUUUCUAGUAUGCUGUGAUUGUAAAUGUAUUGGAAGCUGAAGUCACGACGCUUCAUCUGCACUUUGCUGUGAGAAUGUACGAGGUGGCCAGGUACUAUUUUCUGUGUAGUUCACACCAUUAAGUUUGGCUGAGCCGGACCGCUACCCGGAUGAAAAUCGAGGCACAGCUCUGGUCAUCGUCUUGCGGAAGCGGUGUUAGCUACGGGUAAAGCUGUCUGGGAUACUAUUUUGCUGCUGAAGCUGUCUGGCCCCUGCUGAACCCCAUAAUAACCCCCUCUUGUUUAAGGCACGCCACUGGGGAAUUAAAGUAAGGUUGCUCCAGUGACAACUUUCCCUGAGCUAUGCCAUCAGAACUUUUAAAAUUUAGUCUCUUUCUUUCAUGUUUUUAUUCUCCUCUUCUGUUCUGUGUGUGUGUAUAUCCAUGUAUACACACACACACACACUUUCUUUUUUCUUUUUGAUCCAAAAUGGCUUGGGUGGCAAUCUGCAGGCUGGAACUAAACGCUGCAGAUUGAAAUCUCAACUGUGACCUAGCUGUGGCUAACUGUGAAUCUACUGCAGAGCUGCUCAUCAAGCCUUUCUCCUCCUCCUCACAGUCUAGAUUCUCGUUCGUCUGUUGAUUUGUUUUUCUGUAUCAUAUCGUCCGUCUCGGUUUUUGUUAUUUUAAAAGUUCAGAUCAGCCUUUUCUUAAGCUACUUUAUUUCAGUGUACAUAAGCAACUCUUUAUUAUUAUUAUUUUCCACCAAACGUUGAUAUUUCAGUUUGUAGUCUCGUUACGGUUUCAAGCUUCUGGACAAGUUUGGUUUAGCAAAUUGAUGUUGUAA